AUGUCGAACGUCGGAAAGCCACAUCCAAAGGAUAAAUUCACACCAUCAGAGGACGAAAAAUUAAGACUACUUGUUAAUGUUCUAGGCGUUUCGAACUGGAAAAAAGUUAGUGAAUACAUGGUAACAAGAACUGCAAGACAAUGUAGAGAUAGAUAUAAAAACUAUCUUGCUCCUCAUCUCAAUAACAGUCCUUGGAUCAAAGUUGAUGAUGAUAAACUUUUAAACUUGGUUGAAACAAUGGGCAAGAAAUGGUCAUUAAUAGCCAAGGAAUUUCCAGGACGUACAGAUAUUAAUAUCAAAAGCCGCUAUGCUUUGCUAAUGCGUCAAGAAGAGAGAGAUAGGCAUAAACAUGAAUCCGAGCCAGAAUUUCUUCACGAGAACGCACAACAAUCUUUCGAAUCACAGAGCAUUAUUGAAGAUUUUACUCAGCAGCCAAUUGUAGACGAUGGAAUCGAUUCAUUUGAUUAUAUGAGUUUUCCAUUUGAUUUCGAUAUAUAA